AUGAAGUUUGCCAAGGAGCUCGAGCAGGAGCUCGUUCCCGAGUGGAGAGCCAAGUAUCUGAACUACAAGCUCGGGAAGAAGAAAGUCAAGGCCAUAUCUCGCGCUCUCCGCAACUGCCACCAGAGCCCCCGAACCCCAGGCCUUCGUCGCAUCUCCACCUUUACUCCCUCUCCGAACAACGCUGCCCCGUCGUACUCCUUCUUAAACCGCCUAGGACGGACCUCUACUGUUGAUUCUGCAGCCCCGAACCUACCACACGAUGCCCCGCGGAACAUCGAGACAAGCACGGCCGGAGGAGUGCCGGGUGUUCACCGCUCAUCACCUCAAGAGAUACGCGGUCGAGGGACUCCGCGUGAGUCGCUUAUCAAAAAGUCACCUGAUGGCGCAGACGCGCCCGCCUUGACACGGUACGGAAGCAUCAUAGGAUCACCGCCGAGGAGGUCAAGCGGUAUACCGACACUCAAUUUGCCCGACCCCGCUGUCGACCCGGACCGUGCUACCGUGUCUUCGCGAUGGCAUCAUGGAGAGCCGCCGUCGCCGCCCAAGGCGAGUCCUGCGCCCGGCCCCAGUGCGUUUGAAAUUGGCAAGACGCGAUCACCCGUCAAGCCAAAAUUGCCUGCCAAGUAUGCUAGUAUCUUCAGGCCGAAGCGCGUCAACUCCAUGCCAGGAAUCGCUGCCACCGAUAUGCCCAGUGAUGCAAGACCGAGCGUUAGAAGGUUGCUAUCUCUGGGCCCGGACGGAGGAGUACCCCAGUCGACUCCGGGCAAAGACUCGGACGUGCCUCUCGAAGCUUACCGCGAGCUCGAUGUCCGUCAAUCCGAGUUCUUCAACUUCUUGGACGGGGAGCUGGAGAAGAUUGAGGAAUUUUACAAGGACAAGGAGGACGAGGCUACCAAGAGGCUGGAGGUUCUGCGAGAGCAACUUCACAUCAUGCGUGACCGACGUUUGGACGAGAUCAUCUCAAAACUUCAAAAAUCCAAGGUCAAAACAUUGUCAAACGGUCUCUUCGACCCCGAGGGAUCAGACGACAAAGCCAGUGGAAACGGUAUGAUGUCGCAAACUUGGAUGAAGCCUUUCGACGACGCGAUUGUGGCGGCCAAGAAGCUUCCUGAGGUGGUCAAAGGCAAACCGAAGCCUAUGAGCAAGAAUGCCAAAGCCAUGCAGGAUCUCGGAACCCCCUGUGGACCAGUUCCACAGGAUCACCGUGACUAUGUUCGCCGCCCUGAAUCGCCUGGAGUACCCUACCGGACAGCGAAGCGUAAAUUGAAGACUGCAUUGCAAGAGUACUACCGUGGCUUGGAGCUUCUCAAGGCAUAUGCUCUGCUCAACCGGACAGCGUUUCGCAAGAUCAACAAGAAGUACGACAAGACCGUCAUGGCGCGGCCGACUAUGCGCUACAUGAAUGAGAAGGUCAACAACGCGUGGUUCGUGAAAAGCGACAUCAUUGACGGUCAUCUGCAUGUGGUGGAGGAUCUCUACGCGAGAUACUUCUACCGUGGCAACCACAAAAUUGCAGUGGGCAAGCUGCGCAUCAAGUCGGCGAAGGCUGGCGACUUUACCGGUUCCACUUUCCGUAAUGGCCUGAUGCUCGCCACUGGAACGGUCUUCGGUUGCGAAGGUAUUGCCUAUGCGUCGAAAUAUGUCUUGGAUGACGACUCGCCGAUCCACGUAGCAACUACGUUCCUGUUGCAGAUAUACGCAGGCUACUUCUUGAUGCUCCUUCUUUUCCUUUUCUUCUGUCUUGACUGCAAGAUCUGGACAGACCAGAAGAUCAAUUAUGGUUUCGUUUUUGAGUUUGAUACCCGGACACAGCUCGAUUGGCGACAGCUAUGCGAGAUACCGUGUCUCUGCGUUCUCCUCGAAGGUCUAAUCAUGUGGCUUAACUUCAGCCACUAUGGUGGCGACUCUAUGUACAUCUACUGGCCUAUCGUUUUGAUUGGCCUUACAGUACUCGUCAUUUUCCUUCCCGUUCCGGUUCUAUACCACCGCAGCAGACGGUGGUUUGCUUAUUCCAACUGGCGACUUUUCUUUGCCGGCCUUUAUCCGGUUGAAUUUCGAGACUUCUUCUUGGGCGAUAUGUUCUGUUCCCAAACAUACGCUAUGGGUAACAUUGAGCUCUUUUUCUGUUUGUACGCCAAUGGGUGGGACAACCCAACCUCUUGCAACUCCUCGCAUUCUCGACUGUUGGGGUUCUUUUCCACGUUGCCCGGUAUCUGGCGCGCCCUUCAGUGUCUGCGACGUUAUUACGAUACCCGCAAUUUCUUUCCACACCUCGUCAAUUGCGGCAAGUACACCUGGACUAUCAUGUACUACAUGAGCCUCAGUCUCUACCGGAUCCACAAGAGUUGGCAUCUGCGGGCUCUCUUCAUCUUCUGUGCAACGGUCAAUGCGGUUUAUUGCACCAUCUGGGACCUGGUCAUGGAUUGGAGUCUGAUGAAUCCGUACGCAAAGAAACCGUUCCUUCGCGACAAUCUGGGGUACAAGAAUGUAUACUGGUACUAUAUCGCCAUCGUUUUGGAUCCCAUACUCCGGUUCAAUUGGAUCUUUUAUGCCAUAUACGGCAACGAUUACCAGCACUCGGCGAUCCUCUCGUUCAUGGUGUCCCUAUCGGAGAUAUUCCGCCGCGGAAUGUGGACCCUGUUCCGUGUUGAGAACGAACAUUGCACCAACGUUGUCAAAUACCGAGCUUCGCGAGACGUGCCUCUGCCAUACAGUGUUCCGGCCUCAACUAGAGAAAGCCUGGAGCAAGGCGACGAGGUGGUUACCCAACGGCCGAGCACUCCCAAAGCCCACGCUCCUGCAGUGUCUGGCACAACGACGGGAGCCGAUCUGGAAGGCCAAGGUCCCGGCCGGGGCUCCGUCCGUCACCGACCGUCUGGCCCACCACCAACGCCUACAACUCGCGCUCUCACUCGCGUGGGUACUCUGCUUCAUGCGGCGCAUGCCCAAGAUUUUGAGCGUCGCAAGAAACCCGAGGUGGGGCUAAGUGGUGGCAAUGAUGAGGAUGACGAGGACGAUGACUACGAGGAGGGUAGUGAUGAGGACUCGAAGAGGCGCGGGGAACUUAUGGAGGAGGAUGUGGAGGACAUAGCGAGAGCAGAGGGAUUGAUUUCAAGAGUGAGCAUGGAAAGCCCGCAGCCGACUGACAGAAAUUCUUGA